UCUGUGGGCUAAGAUAGGCCACUUGGAAGGUUCAAACACUGCGUUCAUGUCUUCCACACCAAAAAAAUAUGAUACGUUAUCCAAUCCCCCAUUUUGCAAAACCCACAAUCCAAAUGCUAAUGCUGCUGCCCUGAAUCUCUGUUCUCCAUUCCCAUUAUUCAAACCAAGGAAAAUGCCUAUAUACACUGCAACUCUGGCCCUUGGAUCAGUCUCACGGCUCUUGUUCAUCACCAGCGAUGCCUCCUCCUCCUCCUCCUCUAAUACUUGCUCAGUCUCUUCUUGUUUCUUAAACCACUCCAACUUCCCAAAGCAAUCCCACAAGUCUGUCAGCAAGAAGAGAACCUCUCUAGUUUGCGCUGCCAGCAAGACUGAAGUGCAAGACUCCUCUCCCUCUACUGAGCAGGCUCGGAGGUCUGCUGAUUGGAAGGUAGCAAAAGCUUACAGUGAUAGUGGAUUCAUCUUUGAUGGGAUGGUUGAAGGGUAUAACAGUGGAGGUUUGCUGGUUCGGUUUCAUUCUUUAGUGGGUUUUCUUCCAUUUCCACAAUUGAGCCCAUCACACUUCUGCCAAGAACCGGGGAAAGGCGUCCAGGAGAUUGCAAAAGGAUUACUUGGUUCUCUUAUAUCUGUUAAGAUAAUCCAAGCAGAUGAAGAGAACAAGAAACUGAUAUUCUCAGAAAAGGAAGCUGUCUGGUCCAAGUUUUCUGAGAAAAUUAGUGUUGGGGAUGUUUUUGAAGCUAGGGUUGGUUCUGUGGAGGAUUACGGUGCUUUUGUUCAUCUACUAUUUCCUGAUGGUCUUUAUCAUUUGACUGGACUAGUACAUGUCUCGGAGGUUUCAUGGGAUCUAGUUCAGGAUGUAAGAGACAUUUUGUCGGAGGGCGAUGCAGUAAGAGUUAAGAUCAUUAAUAUUGAUCGAGAAAAGUCAAGAAUCACAUUAUCAAUUAAACAGUUGGAGGAAGAUCCACUUUUAGAAACAUUGGACAAAGUGAUACCCCAGGAUGGCUCUGACGGUCCUGAUUCUUUGAACCCUAACAAUAGCAAUAAUAUAGAACCUCUUCCAGGCCUUGAAGCCAUAUUCGAAGAGCUACUACAGGAAGAUGGAAUAGAUGAUGUAGGAAUCACUCGCCAAGGAUUUGAGAAAAGGGUGGUUUCACAGGACCUGCAGCUUUGGCUUUCCAAUUCACCAGCCAUUAACCAGAAGUUUACUCUCCUUGCUCGGGCAGGAAGGCAGGUACAGGAAAUACAACUGACGACAACACUUGAUCAGGAAGGUAUAAAACAAGCACUCCAGCGAGUGUUGGAGCGUGUCCCAUAGAAGAAUUAUAACAACCACUCCACGUCGUUAGCCCGCCGGAGCUGUUGUUAGGUCUGGGCCAAGUUGUGAAUCUCCGCACAUGGAUGAGAUGGAGCCGAGUCUUAACAAAGCGGCACUCCUUCUCCAAGGACGGCUCAAGUACAAAUGAUCCUCGGAGAGCUGUUGUGUUAUAUAAUGUAUUGUAAAAUAUAUAUGUUCCCAAGUCCCAACACACAUCAAGUUGCAGUCAGUUCUGUACGUAUUUAUUUUGCUAACGAAAGUCACAACUCACAAAUAUAAUCUUGUAUUCUUCUCCAUGGAGCUAAACUACUAAAAGUGUAAAGGGCGUAUUCUCGCAUUGUAUGU